CCAUGGCUUCCAUAUCCAUUGUUUUCUUAGUCCUGUCCAUAGCCUUUGUGUGUGGAAUGGCUCAACCAAAGCAAGAUAGCUCAAUAAGCAGUAGUGCUUUACUCACCUACCCUGGCUCAUGGCUUUCUCCUUCUAACCGAUUUGCAUUUGGGUUCUAUCAGCAAGGCAGUGGCUUUGCGGUGGGAAUAUGGUUGGUUAGUCAAGACAAUAGAACAGUUGUGUGGACAGCAAAUCGCGAUGAUCCACUGGUCACCUCGAAUGCAAUGGUGUAUUUUAACCGGGAUGGUAAGCUUGUGUUACGAACAGAGCAAGGACAGGAACAGUUCAUUGCUAGUAGUGCAAAAGAAUCCGCUUCCUAUGCAGCCAUGCUUGAUUCUGGUAAUUUUGUGCUUUAUGACACGGAUAACAAGCCCAUAUGGCAGAGUUUUGAAAAUCCUACCGAUACCAUUUUAGGAGGCCAGACUCUGUCUUCUGGAAGUCAACUGUACUCCAGUUUAAAUAAGAGUGACCACUCACCUGGACAGUUUUAUCUCAGGAUGCAGCCGGAUGGAAACCUUGUUUUAUACCCAGUAACCAGUGAAGACAACCCGCCAGAUGCCUACUGGGCUUCUGGUACAUAUAUUCCUGGGGGUGUCCACAAAAACCAACUUUAUCUUGAUUUUAACGGCAGUUUAAUCCUCAUCAAUGAAUCCACUGGAGCAACCGUCCUUACCCUGUAUUCCAAUUUCUAUGGAGGCAUCAACCCCAACAACAACAACAAUACCAUAUAUCGUGCAACUCUUGAUGUUGAUGGAAUUUUCCGAUUGUAUUCUCACACCUACUAUGAGAAUGGCAACUACAAUGUAUCUCGUUUGUGGUCAGCGCCAAGCAAUCCAUGUGAUGUAAAGGGUUCAUGUGGCUUCAAUAGCUUUUGUACGCAAGACAACAACCAAAGCGACUGUCGUUGCCUUCCUGGGCACGAUUUUGUAGACCCCAAUAGAAGGACUCUUGGUUGUGAGAGAAACUUUUCAAGAGCAGGGUGUAGAGGUGCGAAAGAAAAUGCAACCUUUUAUUACAUCAGUACUAUGGAGAAUAUGACGUGGGGAGACAUUCCGUAUUUUGCUGCAGAAAUGUCAAUGGAAGAAUGCAGCAGCUCAUGUUUGGAAGACUGCAAUUGUGGGGCGGCACUCUUCAAGAAUAAUAAUUCCUGCCAGAAACAACAGUUUCCACUGAAAUAUGUUAGAAGAGAUACCGCAGAUGGGCACAUGGCGUUCUUCAAAGUCGGGCACACGGCGCUCUUGAAUCCACCCCUCAUGAUCACAAGAAAAACAGAGAUGGUACAAAUAGUUCUUGAAAUGAUAGGUUUUACUGUUUUGUCAUGUGUUGCUCUUGCAAUCUUUGGCAGAUUCAUUUUCAAAAUGCGAGUUUUAAGGUACAAACGGCUGUUACAUAAUGGUAAGUUGGGCCUGCCUGAGGAGGUAACCUUGAGAUUGUUCACGUACAACGAGCUCAAAAGAGUAACAAAGGGUUUUAAGGAGGAGUUGGGUAAAGGUUCUUUUGGAGCAGUUUACAAAGGUGCUAUAGGCAAAGGUAAAAAACUUGUUGCGGUGAAGCGACUAGAAAAAUUAGUUGAAGAAGGUGAAAGAGAGUUCCGUGCGGAGAUGCGAGCAAUUGGAAGAACCCAUCACAGGAACUUGGUUCGGUUGCUGGGUUUCUGUACUGAGGACUCUAAAAGGCUUCUGAUUUAUGAAUACAUGAGCAAUGGUUCCCUUGCUGACCUACUGUUUGGGGUCAUAUUGCGUCCACAUUGGACUGAGAGAUUGAGAAUUGCAUUGGAUGUUGCAAGAGGAAUUCUCUAUCUACAUGAAGAGUGUGAGGCCCCUAUCAUUCAUUGUGAUAUAAAGCCUAAAAACAUUUUGAUGGAUGAUUGUUGGAAUGCUAAAAUCUCUGACUUUGGGCUGGACAAGUUCUUAAUGCCAGAUCAGACAAGGACUUUCACAGGGGCCAGAGGAACAAGAGGGUAUGUGGCACCAGAAUGGCAUAAGAACAUCCCUAUAUCAGUGAGGGCAGAUGUUUAUAGUUAUGGGAUUGUGCUCUUGGAAAUUGUAUCUUGCAGAAAGAACAUAGAUGUUAAUGCAUCCGCUGAAGAGGAGAUUGUCCUUCCUUCUUGGGCCUAUAAGUGCUUUGCUGCUGGAGAGUUAAAUAAGCUUGUUAGUGGUGAAGAAGUAGAUAAAAUGAGCUUGGAGAAAAUGGUGAAGGUGGGACUGUGGUGUAUUCAAGAAGAACCAGCUCUUCGUCCCUCUAUGAAGUGUGUUGUCUUGAUGUUAGAAGGUAUUACUGAAGUACCAGUUCCCCCAUGUCCAACUACUCCCUCCAUGUAAUCGAUUUCCCCUAAAGUUUAAAUUUUUGUUUCUCAUUUGUACAAAUAAGUGGUGACACAUUAGAAGGUAUUACUGAAGUACCAGUUCCCCCAUGUCCAACAACUCCCUCCAUGUAAUCGAUUUCCCCAAAAGUUUAAAUUUUUGUUUCUCAUUUGUACAAAUAAGUGGUG